AUGUCCGGUAACACUAACUUCAAAUUGGCCACUGAAUUACCAGCUUGGUCUAAAUUACAAAAAAUUUACGAUGCUCAAGGUAAGACCUUGUCCGUCAAGGAAGAAUUCCAAAAGGAUGCUCAACGUUACAACAAGUUGUCCAAGACUUUCACCAACUACGACGGUUCCAACAUCUUAUUCGAUUUCUCCAAGAACUUGGUCAACGAUGAAGUUUUAUCCGCUUUAAUUGAAUUGGCUAAGGAAGCUAAGGUCACUGAAUUGAGAGACGCUAUGUUUGCUGGUGAACAUAUCAACACUACUGAAGACCGUGCUGUCUACCACGUCGCCCUAAGAAACAGAGCUAACAAACCAAUGUCUGUUGACGGUAAGAACGUUGCUCCAGAAGUUGACGCUGUCUUACAACACAUGAAGGAAUUCAGUGAACAAGUCCGUUCCGGUGAAUGGAAGGGUUACACUGGUAAGGCCAUCACCGAUGUUGUUAACAUUGGUAUCGGUGGUUCCGAUUUAGGUCCUGUUAUGGUCACUGAAGCUUUAAAGCAUUACGCUGGUGCUUUGAAGGUUCAUUUCGUCUCUAACAUCGACGGUACUCACAUUGCUGAAACUUUGAAAGUCGUUAACCCAGAAACUACUUUGUUCUUAAUCGCUUCUAAGACUUUCACCACUGCUGAAACUAUCACUAACGCUAACUCUGCUAAGACUUGGUUCUUAGAAAAGACUGGUAACAACACUGCUAACGUUGCUAAGCACUUUGCUGCUUUGUCUACCAAUGAAACUGAAGUUGCUAAAUUCGGUAUUGACACCAAAAAUAUGUUUGGUUUCGAAAACUGGGUUGGUGGUCGUUACUCCGUCUGGUCUGCUAUCGGUUUGUCCGUUGCCCUAUACGUUGGUUUCGACAACUUUGAAGCUUUCCUAAAGGGUGCUGAAGCUGUUGACAAGCACUUCACUGAAACUCCAUUAGAAGACAACAUUCCAUUAUUGGGUGGUCUAUUGUCCGUCUGGUACAACAACUUCCACGGUGCUGAAACUCAUUUAGUUGCUCCAUUCGACCAAUACUUACACAGAUUCCCAGCUUACUUACAACAAUUGUCUAUGGAAUCUAACGGUAAGUCCGUCACCAGAGGUAACGUUUUCGCUAACUACUCCACUGGUUCCAUCUUAUUCGGUGAACCAGCUACCAAUGCUCAACACUCUUUCUUCCAAUUGGUUCACCAAGGUACCAAAUUGAUCCCAGCUGAUUUCAUUUUAGCCGCUCAAUCUCACAACCCAAUUGAAAACAAAUUACACCAAAAGAUGUUGGCUUCUAACUUCUUUGCUCAAGCUGAAGCUUUAAUGGUCGGUAAGAACGAAGAACAAGUUAAAGCUGAAGGUGCCACCGGUGGUUUAGUCCCACACAAGGUCUUCUCCGGUAACAGACCAACCACUUCCAUCUUGGCUCAAAAGAUCACUCCAGCCACUUUAGGUGCUUUGAUUGCUUACUACGAACACGUCACCUUCACUGAAGGUGCUAUCUGGAACAUUAACUCUUUCGACCAAUGGGGUGUUGAAUUAGGUAAGGUUUUGGCCAAGGUUAUUGGUAAGGAAUUGGACGGUUCAGACAAGAUUGCUUCUCACGAUGCUUCUACUAACGGUUUGAUUAACCAAUUCAAGCAAUGGAUGUAA